AUGACUUCCCUUUUAAUCGACAUCACUAUCGCAAUCAUUACAGCCAUAGUCACGUGCUAUGACAUCAUAACGUGUCCCAUAUACCUAUUAAUUCAAAAACCGUGGCAACGUUUAGCAAACAGUAGGCGCCCAAAGGCCCGCCCCUUGGACCCUCGCUCCCCGUACAGCCCGUGGAUCCGAGUCCCGGAUCCCUUAUCACCGGCGCGCAGACACUUCAUGAGCGAAUGCCAAACAGUGGCCGACCUGUUCGCACGGGUAGUCCAAAAGUACGGUCCGAAGCGGGGGUUCGGCAGUCGGCGGGUCCUGUCGGCCGACAACGAGCGCCAAUCGGACGGCAAAGUGUUCCGCAAACUCGUGCUCUCGGACUAUGAGUUCCACACGUAUAAUGAGAUCGGGGGGCGAGUGGAACGGGUGGCUCGCGGGCUACUGGCGCUCGGGGUUAGGGCUAAUGAAAAUGUGGCCGUAUAUGCCGAGACCAGGAUUGAGUGGAUGAUCUGUAUACCGUACCGUCCACUACGCGCGCAGGCACUGUUCAAAAUCAAUGCUCCCAUCGUAACUCUAUUCUCCACACUCGGGAACGACGGUGUAGUCCACGGCCUAAACGAAACCGAAGCGGAGUUUCUCAUCACUACCGCCGACCUGAUACCCAAACUUCUACCACUACUGCCGCGACUACCAGCUCUGCGACACGUGGUCUACAUGGAGGGCCCCGCUCGACCGGACCUAUCGACGGGAGCCGUUGCCGAUCGCGUGCGUUUCGAGGCCUUCUCGGCGGUGGAGGCCUUAGGGGCCGACACUGAACACCACAGAGAAGACCUCGAAGCGGGCCCGCGAUCGGACUCGACGGCGAUACUCAUGUACACGUCCGGGUCGACCGGCACUCCGAAAGCCGUUCAAAUUAGCCACGCUAAUAUCAUGAGCACCGUGCGCGGAUUUUGCGCUACACUGGGCAGUGGUUUA